UCCAAUUGCUCUCGAAGCGCUCGAGCCGCCAAGGUUCCUUGUAUAUUUAAACAGGGAAUUGACAAACUCCAGUGCAUGACACUUUGAAGGGCAUCUCAGUCAGGAUGGGAAAUGGACUCAACAAGAUUCUACCAGAUCUUUAUUUGGGCAACUUUAAAGAUGCAAGGGACAGAGAACAGCUAGCGAGAAACAACAUCACUCAUAUUCUGUCAAUUCACGAUACAGCUGCACCCAUUCUUCAGGAGAUGACCUAUCUGUGCAUCGCUGCAGCAGACCUGCCCACACAAAACCUCACGCAGUACUUCAAGGAGAGCAUCAUGUUUAUGCAUGAGUGUCGUCUGAAGGGCGAGGGCUGCCUGGUUCACUGUCUGGCUGGCGUGUCCCGCAGCGUGACGCUGGUGGUGGCCUACAUCAUGACGGUGACAGAGCUGGGCUGGAGGGAGGCCUUGGCAGCAGUGCGAGCGUCUCGACCCUGCGCUGGCCCUAACGAGGGCUUCCAGAGGCAGCUGCAGGACUUUGAGAAGAACGAGGCACAGCAGUACAGAGACUGGCUGCGACAGGAGUACAAAGAGAACCCAUUCAAGGACGAGGAGCAUCUCCGCAACCUGCUCCUCCAGGCCCCUGUGCCAGCAGCCACGCCGCCGGACAGCUGAACCACACUGCUGCCAUGGCACCGCAUCCUUUAACCAAUGGAGACGGACAGACACACAGCACUGCACAGCACAAACCAAGACACACUCAACACAACACAACACAGUCCAUGCAGCACAACACACACGCAUGCAGACACACACACACAUGCGCGCCGCACACACACACACACAUACACACGCACACAGACGAGCGCGCGCACACGCACACGACACACGUAUACACACGUGCACAGUAGACACACACACACACACACACACACACACACACACACACACACACACACACACACACAGGGCCACGGGCACCCGCAGACCACUGUGCUCAGUGAGCCAGUCUUUUGUACUGUGUGUUGUCUGUGGAUUCUAACCUGCACAAGAUGAGCUGACCAUCACAAAUGAUUCCAGAGGAAGAGUUUUGAGCGUUUGAGCUUUGGGCUUGUGUGUUCUCAUGGUCUGUGUUAUGGGACAGCACUGUUACUCAAACCUAUCAUGUUGUUCUUCACUGCCUACACAUGUGUACUUUGUAUGUGUGCUAUUUUACACUUUAAGUAACUACGUUUGUGACCUUAUGUUAACAUGUACUUUUUUAUUGCACUUACAGCAGUGACUUGUCAUGCUCUGUUAGCUCUCCGUUUCCUAUCUGUGCUGUCACAAAAUGGUGUUCUCACACAGCCAGGAGUCUGUGAGGUAGAAACAAGUAACCUGUGGUUAGCAUCUCCCUCCAACAGCAUCAAGUGGCGAUUUUUUUUCCCCUUAGCGAAGGAGUAAGAAGCUACUGCUUGCACAUUUUCAGAUAUUUAGACAUAAGCACAAACAUCAAUACAACAGCACCAGGGAAUCUGGAACUGUUUUUAAGCACUCAUUCGCAUAGCGUAACUUGUCACUUGUUACCAUUAUGUUGACAUCGGGUUUUUUUUUAAUUAAUAGGCAUAUAUGCAAUUAUUUUCUCUACUAUGCACCACAAUGUAUAGCUUCAACCUAUAAUUUAAUUAGCAAAUUGAAGAUGACCUUUGUGUGUGUGUGUGUGCGUGCGUGCGUGCGUGUGUGUGUAUGUGUUCUGCAGACUAAAGCCCUGCCUGAUGAAAUUGUUUUUUAAAGACAUCAUCACAUUUUUAUAAACUGUACUGAAUUCGCUGCCACUGUCAUGCUGCCAUUGGUGUUGAGUGAACAGUGAAAGAAUGUGUGAACGGCUGUAGAAUCCACAGACAUACUUGAAUAGAAAGAUGACGAUUGACCUUAUUUAUUUUUGUGAUUUUUCCAAAAAAUGUACAUGUCAUAACGCUACUAUUGUGGUCCAAACUAGAGCAUGACACUGGAGUGGAUUUUCACUCCCGUCCCAUCCCAGUCCCAGAAAAAAAAUCCCAUCCCGGGCUGGAGUAAAAAAAGGAAAUCCCAUCCCAUCCCAAUCCUGUAAGAAUGUCUCCAAUCCUGCCCACUCCCACUCAAAAUCAUUCAUUUUCAUUCAUUUUUAUUCCCGCUCCUGCCAGCUCCCAUUCAUCUUUAUUCCUGCUCCUGCCUGCUCCCGUUCAUCUUUAAAAUUUUGACUCCCAUCCCGCAGGAAUCCCGCGGGACCCCGAAAAAUGUCGUGCUCUAGUCCAAACCAAAGUGAUCUUUUUGGUGUGUCAAUAAAAAGACAGAAUGUGUUUGA